AUGUUUGGCUUCAUCUUUGCAUUUUCCCUUAUACAUCUGGUCAUCGUGGGCUCGUCUUCCGCGUCGAGUUCACACUCAAGUUCUUUCCCAACAACUAGUUGGCUUCCCGUUUUUGAGCUCACUACUAAGAACUCAGGACUUAUCGAUUAUACGGUCGAGGUUGGUGAGCCUAAACAAACUCUCGCACUUCGAGUCGACGUUGUCAAUCCCGAGCUCUGGCUUCCUGGUGCGAACCAGUUCACCGCGUGUGAGUCCCAGUCUUCCACGUCAGAAGAUUUCACUACCGGAACCUCAGCUUAUGACACUGCCAUCGAGACACCAUGUGCGCCUUCCGGAGCCUUUGACCUCAACAGUUCCAUCAGUGGGGCGUAUCUCACCGAGAACGAUGAGCGUGUUUCGUCUGAGGACGAAGCAUUCCACAUCCAACUGUAUGCUAUCGAUGGUAUCGCCACCUCUGGCUACAAAGCAGAAGAUGACUUCCAAUUUCCAAUUUUAGAACCAUUCAAAAACGGGUCUCUUCACAAUAAUACAGUUUCCAUCGAACGUAUUCCUUUUAUCUGGGCUAACGAGUCCUACGUUCAGGUUGGCUCUUUGGGUUUGUCCCGCACUGUUCAGAGUGGCUACAACAACUUUUUGACCUACUUCAAAGACAAUGAAUUCAUCAAGUCCAACUCCUACUCACUAGCCCCUGCAGGAACAAACGACUCCACUCCGCUCCUAAUUGCAGGUGGUCUUUCCACGUCCAACUUCCAAGGUGAUAUGUACCAGUUUGACUUCAUUCCGGUUCAAGACGACUCGGGAGAGUCGAUCCUGGGAGAUACCACUUGGUCAGACUCUUUACCAGUCAUUCCUUUAUCGGGACUGGGAGUCACUUCCUCUUCCGGAAAUGCCGUUCGCUUUUCUAACGACUUUACAGAACAGAACUCGUCGGGCUCGUAUCCCAUUCCGGCCAUGCUGGAUUCUCGGAUAACAUACAACUUUAUCCCUUACUCAACUCUCAUUUCGCUUGCGUUGGAGCUGAACGCGUACUACGCCGAGAGUUUGGGUUCUUGGUUGGUUGAGUGUGACGUCGCGUCUGCUGGAACUAUCGAUUUCUAUUUUGGAAACCUGACUCUGAACAUUCCGAUCGAUAUGGUGCUUGAUGUUCAAAGAAACGAGGACGGUUCAACUCUUACGUUCGAGAACGGUAACGACGCGUGCGCCCUCAACUUUUUACCCUCCGAAUACCUCGGUUACUCUUUGCUCGGUACUCCUUUCAUCAAUAGUGUCCAUCUGGCUGUCAACAAUGACAACAGAACCAUUGCUCUUGCCCAGCCUGCAGAAGAUAAGGAUUUGAGCGAAGAGGUGUUUUACCCUAUCCUAUCCGAAGUGAUUCCUCAUGCCACCACCGCUAACAGUGAGGACUUUGCAUCGCUCACUCUGACCAUCAACUCCUAUCUAUACAACGCGGACCCCGCUUCCAAAUACUCCCAAGCAAUCAUCUCGGGCGGUGAGGUUUACGUUACAGGAGCUUCGUCGGCAAGCAGUGCCUCGAAUGCCAGUCCGUCUGGAUCAUAUUCCACCAGUUCUAAAGGUGACGCGCAGAGAAUGACGUCCGCUAUUGCCAUCUCAACGCUCACGGGAUUUUUAUGUCUACUCGUCCAGCUGUUGUGA